AGUGCGCCGCGAACACGCUCCACGGAACGUCUUUUAAUAUUUCAAAAUGCGGUUAACUUUGGUUUUUUUACUGAUAGCGGCAGUUGCUCACGGUGAUGACUUAGCACAGACUGCCGGUCAGAUCUUCAACAGCAUAUUGCCCAAUCUAAUCAGCAACCAUGUCACCGGCCAGCAAGGCAACACAGCAACUAAUACCCUCACACAAAUCGGUACUGUCGUCGGUGGCGUAGUGGACUACGCGAAGAAGAAGAGUUACGAUGACUUACUCAAGCAGAUUCAAGACUCGACGACAGAUGAAGACCUCCUCCGAGUAAGCGACGAAAUGUUUAAGGCUGAUCAAAACAAUGCAAUCAAUUACAUCCAGGUCAAUUUGCAAGGAAAAACUAGUUCCAUGUCUAAAAAUGAUGAGGCCCAAGCAAACCUCCUGACCGUACCUGAAAAUGUAUGGAACGGCCCAACAAUUAGGCCCUUCGUUGCACUAUUUGAUAACUACCACAAGAACGUUAUUAGGCCGGAAUUCGUGACGCCUAACGAGGAAACUGAACAAGUAACAUAUAUCAACACGAUUCUCGCCACAGGCCCUGUGAGAAGUCUAAUGGCUUACCUUGUCAGCAAAGGGUUGACACAAUUAAACGAAUACCCUGAACAAGUGGAAUUGCUGAAAAAGAUCUGGUUCACAAAAUACGCGCGCCACUGGACCGGCCUGUGCAAAUGUAGUUGUGCCUUCGAAAACAUCUUCAUGGCGGAGCUGAAGUCCGACGAAGUGCUUGGCCUCCACAGUUGGCUGUUCUUCGCUAAACGCGAGUUAGAUCACAAAGCUAACUAUUUGGGUUACAUCGACAAACUUGACCUAUCUGGUAAAGGAUUGAUCCUCAAGCAACAUUCAGUGCUGAGCAACACCAAAGACGCUCCCGAAGUAAGCAUGUUUGUGGGAACCUCACCAGAAUUGGAAACGGCAUUAUACACCCUUUGCUUCAUGGCUCGCCCCGAUAGGCCUUGCCGCUUGAGCUACAACAAUGUCCAAUUCACCAUCCAAACCAAGACAUUGAGAGCCGAUAAUGUGCAACUUAUCGACACUGCUUACCCAGUAUUCUAAUCAAAAUUCUGUAAUAUAAAAACUAGUGAUUAUU